GUUUUCCCUAGGCGCCGGUUCCCGGGUCACGCACGGAGGGCUGGGCACACAUUCUGUGGGACCGGGUUCUCAACGCCUCGCCGGACGCUGCUCCUCCUCCUUCGGAAGGGAGUUCCGGAAACGAGCCCUGCACUGCCGGAAGUGGGGGCGUCUUGGAAACAAAAAUGGCUACUCUUAAAAGUUUAGAAACCAAAGUCAUCCCUACCUCAACCCCACUCCGAGGAGCAGGAGAUGGAAUGGAAACCGAAGAGUCACCUAAAUCUAUCGAAGUCACCUCUGCAGCCCAGUCCAUAAAGCAUGCAAUCCUUCAGAGUCCACGGAAGAAAGCAUUUCCCUCAGAGAGCCCAGGAGUUCUUCAGCUAGGGAAGAUUCUCACUGAAAAAGCAGUGGAAGUUGAAGCUGUAAGAAUAUUUGUUCCCAAAGCUGCUAUAACUCAUGAUGUCCCCAACAAAAAUGCGAAGGUUAAAUCUCUCGGAUAUCAUAAAGGAGAACUCAGUAAUCAGCCAGAGGGUCUUACAGAUCCCAGGAAAGAACUCUCAGAGGUAAAAAGUGUAUUGGAAAAGCUCAGAAACUCUGAAAGGAGGUUGCUACAGGACAAAGAAGGACUUUCCAACCAGCUCCGAGUACAGACAGAGGUUAAUCGUGAGUUAAAAAAGUUGCUGGUGGCUUCUGUCGGGGAUGAUCUUCAGUAUCACUUUGAACGUCUAGCUCGUGAGAAGAAUCAGCUUAUUUUAGAAAAUGAAGCUCUAGGUCGGAACACAGCUCAGCUUUCUGAACAGUUAGAACGUAUGUCAAUACAGUGUGAUGUAUGGCGAAGUAAAUUCCUUGCAAGCAGGGUAAUGGCCGAUGAGUUAACCAACUCCAGGGCUGUUUUGCAGCGUCAGAACCGUGAUGCACAAAGUGCAAUACAAGAUCUCCUGAGUGAACGGGAACAGUUUCGUCAGGAUAUGAUGGCUACCCAGAAAUUUUUAGAGGAACUCUUGGUCUCUUUACAAUGGGGCAGAGAGCAAACUUACUCCCCUAGCCCACAACCCCACAGCACAGCAGAACUAGCAGUAACAAAUCAUAAGUUGGCAAAAGCAGUAAAUUCUCAUCUUUUGGGAAAUGUUGGCAAUAACAGUCAAAAAAAGAUUUUAUCAACAGUUGAAUUCUGCAGUACUCCAGCUGAGAAAAUGGCUGAAAAGGUUCUACAUAUAUUGGACCCAGUUACCUGUGUAGAAAGCUCACCUGAUAAUCCAUUUUCUGACUCUCCAAACACAUUGCUUGCUACAAAGAAAAAUAUUGGACGAUUUCAUCCCUAUACUAGAUAUGAAAAUAUAACCUUCAAUUGCUGCAAUCAUUGCCAGGGAGAGCUUAUUGCCCUUUGACAUCCAUUAUGUUGGCGCUUGCUUCUUACCCAAGUCAUUAUUACUAGGAGCUGGGGUUCUUGUAAUGCUAGAAGUACACCCACAAGAUAUUUCAUGUGCUAAACUCCAGAUUACCUUUUCUUAAUAAAUAUCUCAGGGUAAGAAAAAAAAAAGCAUGUAGAUAUUUUUCAGGAAUAGAUCCCAGGCAUUAUACAAUGCUUAUGCUAAAACAAUUGUGAAAGAUUUUAUAACUUUGUUUUUAGGCCCUAAGUUAUUCAUCUCAUUAAGUGUUUUGUAUGAACAGAUUUCAUUUUGGUGCAUUUAAAGCAAGGAUGGGCAAACUAUGUUAAUCAAUUGUGGCCACAUUCAUUCAUUUACUAUUGUAAUUGAAAAGGCAACUAAGCUGUUUUUGCACUACAGCAAAGCCCAGAACUGUACUUAAUAGCAAAAGUUUUCUGAUUUCUAUUCUAUAAAGUAAUAUCUGGGGUGAAGGAAGAGAGGUUGCAUUCUCUUUAUGAUAAUUUUGGGGCUACAAGAGAAUUUUAAUUAUUAAGGUGAAGGGGCUAAUCUUUCCAAACUAAAUGCUAUAUAUAUUAGGAAAAUAGAAGUUACUUAGAUCCAAUAUAAGGUAAUGAGAACUUCAACAGAAUGCCUUUAUUGCUGGUUUUGUUAACAAGGCAUUCUGUAUUUUGAAUGUAGUUGAUCUGACAUAGAGAAAGGAAACAUUCUUCCCUGUUGGCUCAUUUUGGCAAAUACACAACAGUAGUAACUACCUGGAUAUAUUUAAUAGUGGGAAAGCCAAAAUUUUUCUAGAAUAAAAAACCUGAAAAGAAAAACACAAUCCAUCAGUUCAUGUAUUUUAUGUUAUUGUAUAAUGCUUUAUAAAAUACCGUUUUAUUGGUCUUUAAAAAAGUUGACAAAGCUUUUAUACUGUUAUAAACAAAUUGGUUGCAAAAGUGCCUGACAGAAUUCAAGGGGCAAAUUUAUUCAAGUAAUAAUAUUUGAAUGUCAGUUUCUUUGACUCAUCUGAACGAUGUUUAUAGUUUCAAGUGGCAAUAAAUUUCUCUAUUUUUUUUCA